AUGCCUAACUUUUAACUGUUUCUUCUGUCUGUAGUUAAAGAGCAGGUAUCACCACAGAAGGAGAAACAAGCCAUAAAGGCAGCAGGACAAACCCCUCGUGGCCGGUCUGGCUUUAGCGAUGGCAAUUCAAAAUGGCUGACUCCAGCCAAAGCCAAGAAAAUCGCAUCUAAAGGAAACAGUGUGGAGUUAUCCAGUGAUGGUGAGGUGGAAGAGGGCAGCUGGGAGAUGGAGGAGGAGGAUGAGAGCAGCGAGGAGAUGGUGGAUGAUUACGGUGCUUCAUCAUCAGAGGAAGAAGAGUUACUGCCUAUUGAAAAAGCUGCCCUGAAGCAGAAGCCUGACAGGGGAGGCCCCAGUGAAGAUGACAGUGAAGGUGACAGUGAAGAGGAGGAGGAGGCGGCGGCAGCAGAGGAGGCAAACAAACAGAAAAUGGGACAGAAAGAAGAAGAGAACCCGGAUCUGCAGCUCAACCUGGAUAUAGAUGAACAAUUUAAACUGCCAACUAGCGAACAGAUUGAGAGAGAGGCUGCUGAGCCACCUGACCUGCACAUCAUUCACCAGCGCAUCAAGGGCAAUAUGGAGGUGCUGCAGGACUUCGUGGUGAAGCGGGAGGAAGGACGCACACGACAGGAGUACCUCACAUUGUUGCGCCGGGACAUGGCUGCCUACUAUUCCUACAGUGAUUUCUUGCUCACAAAGCUCAUGGACAUCUUCCCGCUCCCUGAGCUGAUAAACUUCCUGGAAGCCAAUGAGGUUCCCCGCCCCGUGACCAUUCGCACCAACACACUCAAGACACGGCGACGGGACCUGGCACAGGCUCUAAUCAACCGUGGUGUGAAUCUUGACCCCUUGGGGAAGUGGUCAAAAACAGGACUCGUUAUUUAUGACUCCUCUGUGCCCAUCGGUGCCACCCCUGAGUAUCUGGCUGGGCACUACAUGCUGCAAGGAGCCUCCAGUUUCCUCCCUGUCAUGGCUCUGGCUCCACAGGAGAAUGAACGUAUUCUGGAUAUGUGCUGUGCCCCAGGAGGCAAGACCAGCUACAUAGCUCAGCUUAUGAAGAACACAGGUAUGAUCUUGGCCAAUGACAGCAAUGCUGAACGGCUACAUAGCGUGGUAGGGAACUUGCAUCGGCUGGGAGUCACCAAUGCUGUAGUGACUAACUGCGAUGGACGCCAGUUCCCCAAG